UUCAUCUUUAUGACAUCAUCCUUCUAUCCUGCAACGAUGAAGACCCAGCUCACACUGCUGCUCGUCUGCACAAUUUUCUCAGGAGCAUGGUCACUGGAAUGCUACCCGUAUACCUACGAUUACGAUUAUACAGGAACAUUCACUAAUUGUAGCAGUACAUGCUCCAGCACAACCACCACUGUGGACAUCUAUCUCGUUAGUGGUGUAUCUGGUCUAUCAUUCACUACUGUGGAUUACGAUUUUUCUUGCGGAUCCCCAGAGAAGUGUGUAAACACCAGUAUAAACAUUGGUGUGGUAAGAAUCACCAACAAUACCCAAUGCUGCAGUACUAACCACUGCAACAAUGACACACUGCCAGAAAUGCCGCAGCAGUCCAUCAACGGGAAAAAGUGUUACACCUGUAAUGAGAAUGACUGCUCCCAAAAUCUGUAUUGUGAAGGAAAAGAAGAUCGCUGCAUCACUGCAACUGUUGCUCAAGGGACCAAAGUUAUGACCAUGAAAGGAUGCACAACCAGUAACAUGUGCAAUGUGACUCUACUCAGAGCUCAUGGACUGAUCUUAACAGAUGUGUACUGCUGUGCUGGGAACCUGUGUAACGCUGCUGAGAGCUUUGCACUGAGUUUCCUCCUCAUGUUCAUCCCUCUGCUCUCUUUCAUCCUCUUCUAAUCAAAUGUCAGACUGGGAACCUCAUCAUGUGGUCAUUUAAAAACUCUACUAUACUCAACUUGCUGUGCUACAGGCUUCCCUUUCUCUUCGCAUGUGUCUCCUCCAGGUGUAAAGUUUUAAAGUUUUAAGAAAUAUUUUAAAAAAAAUAAUAAUAAUAAAUCAUUUAUUAACUGAUUUCAAAAAAGCUACAUUGUAAAGAAAUCUCAGAUAAAAGAAGAAAAAUAAUCUUUACUUUGAACAUCAGAAACAUUCACCUCAUUCCCAUCAUCAUCAUCAUUAUCAUCAUCAUCAUCAUCGUCGUCAUCAUCAUCAUCAUCAUCAUCAUUAUCAAAUCGAUUUCCAUACUUUAUCAGCUCAUUUAAAUAUGUUAAGUGUGCUUCUCUGUUUUGAUGCUGAUGAUGAAUUCAGUUCAGUAGCUGUCCAUAACUGUUCCUCAAAACUUUAGAAUAUCACACUUAGCUAACAAGGUUUCAAACAUUAGUAUUCAGAAUAAAUGUUUUUAUUACUGUAUUUGCAUAACGUGACCUUCACAGGCAGACAUCAAGGUGAGCUAGAAAUUAGCAUAAACAUUUGGGGAUGUUCUCUUAUCUGACAGAUUUUUAUGUGGGUAAACAUUUUAUUUUUACAUUUUUCAGUAAUGUACCUGAAGUUGAUGUGUAUUAACAUGAAAAGCAUGUAAAUCACUGUUUGUGAAGCCAUAAAGACUUUUUCUUGCUCGGACCUCAAAAUUUCCAAGAAAAUAAAACUCAUCAGAGACCA